AUGAUUGCCAAUGUUACAGAAAAAUGUCCUCAGCUGCCACGGCUUUACUACGGAGACCUGGGCUACAGCUGUGGAGGCUUCAGUGGCCUGGGCGGUGGCUAUGGCUGUGGAUGUGGCAGCUUCUGUGGACUGGGCUACGGCUGUGGCUACGGAGGCUACGGGAUGGGGUAUGGCUGCUGCCGCCCAUCAUGCUAUGGAGGAUAUGGAUUCUAUGGCUUUUUAUGA